AAACUCGCAAUUGCAGGGGGCCAAAAAAAAUCACAAGGAAGCGCACUUUCAUUUGACUUCUUUAUAGUUUCAAACUCUUCAGCGAUUACUACCACAGGAAGAAGAAACACAAAAACGAUGCCGGAGGAAACCAAUUCCAUAGACUAUGUCAUGGAGAAGGCGUCUGGUCCCCACUUCUCCGGCCUACGGCUUGACGGCCUCCUUUCAUCUCCGCCUUCCUCUGCUACUAAUUCACCUGCUCACCGCAAUUCUUCCGCUUCUGCUUCUGCUUCUCCUCUUGCUCCCAAACAGCCCUUUGUCAUCGGAGUAUCUGGAGGCACAGCUUCGGGUAAGACUACAGUAUGUGACAUGAUCAUUCAACAGCUUCACGAUCACCGUGUUGUGCUUGUCAAUCAGGAUUCAUUUUACCGUGGUUUGACACCUGCAGAAUUGGAACGUGUCCAUGAGUAUAAUUUUGACCAUCCUGAUGCAUUUGACACUGAACAGCUUUUAGACUGCAUUGAAAAGCUCAGAAGUGGGCAUCCUUAUCAAGUUCCAAUUUAUGAUUUUAAAAGUCAUCGCCGCAGUUCAGAUUGCUUUAGACAGGUAAAUGCUUCUGAUGUAAUUAUCUUGGAAGGAAUUCUGGUUUUCCAUGAUCAGCGUGUCCGCAACCUGAUGAAUAUGAAGAUUUUUGUUGACACAGAUGCUGAUGUGAGGCUUGCUCGAAGAAUAAGGCGUGACACAGUUGAGAGGGGUAGGGACAUAAAUUCUGUUCUUGAGCAGUAUGCAAAGUUUGUGAAGCCGGCUUUUGAUGAUUUUGUUUUGCCAUCAAAGAAGUAUGCGGAUGUGAUCAUACCUCGGGGAGGUGAUAAUCAUGUUGCCAUUGAUUUGAUAGUGCAACAUAUCCGCACAAAACUUGGUCAACAUGAUCUUUGCAAAAUAUAUCCAAAUGUUUAUGUUAUUCAGUCAACAUUUCAGAUAAGAGGUAUGCAUACAUUGAUUCGAGACAAGGAAAUAUCAAAACAUGAUUUUGUAUUUUAUUCGGAUCGGCUUAUCCGUCUGGUUGUGGAGCAUGGUCUUGGCCAUUUGCCAUUCACAGAGAAGCAAGUAAUUACACCAACAGGAUCAGUGUACACUGGGGUUGACUUUUGCAAGAAACUAUGUGGGGUUUCCAUUGUUCGAAGUGGAGAAAGCAUGGAAAAUGCACUGCGUGCAUGUUGCAAAGGAAUAAAAAUUGGAAAAAUUCUUAUUCAUCGUGAUGGAGACAAUGGGAAACAGCUUAUAUAUGAGAAGCUUCCCAAGGAUAUUCCAGAAAGACAUGUCCUCCUUCUAGAUCCUGUUCUUGCUACAGGUAACUCUGCCAACCAAGCAAUAGAACUACUUAUACAGAAAGGAGUUCCAGAAUCUCACAUUAUAUUCCUAAACCUAAUCUCUGCUCCUGAAGGCAUCCAUUGCGUUUGCAAAAGGUUCCCAUCCUUGAAAAUUGUCACCUCAGAGAUUGAUGUUGCAUUAAAUGAAGAGUUCCGCGUCAUACCAGGUAUGGGCGAGUUUGGCGAUCGAUACUUUGGUACUGAUGACUAAUCUAUAAUAAGGCAUACAGAAAUGGUAACCAAUUAAGUGCAAGUGUAUUGAACUAGCCUCUUGUCUAAGAAAAUGGAGAGGUACAAUUUCUCCAGCUUAUCUCAUACUAGACAUUUGCCCGUGCAACGCACCGGUUUUUAAAUUCUUUACACUGUUAUAAUGUAAAAUUGCAAGUAGUCACUUUGGUUUUUAAAUGCAUUUUUAAUUGCUUA